AUGAGUGAUUUGUUGGAUGAAGAUUUAGAAUUCCGUGUUGGCACAUUACAGUUGUCCACGGACAAUGCUAGUGCAGAUAAUCGACGAGAUAAUGCGUCAGAAUCCAAUAAAAAUAAAAACCAUCUAAAUGCGAAUUCUUCUGUAUUAUCAGGUGCUGAUUCGCUUUCAUCAUCCACGAAUUCCUUUGCAGGUAGAGAUGCAAGAACAGAGGGUACAAUAAAUUCAAGAGCAGCAAAUGAGGAACCGGAAAGAACUGUUUACCCUCGAUAUGAUAUACCUUUCAAUAGAGAAAAUAUUAAGGAUUUCUUUACAUUCCGCAAGGGUGUUGUGGAGAAUGCAAUUCAAGAUUGUAUCACAGCUCUAUUGUUUCCUGAAGAUGGAGAGUAUUUGGGGUCUUGGUUGCUUACAGAAAUAACCCUGUGGGACAACGAAAAAGAAAGGAUUGUCCUUCUGACAUCAAGGCUGGUUAUGACAAUUAAGUAUGAUUUCAUAGCAAUGAAGCAGUUAGAUUUUAAAAAGACUUAUUUAGAUGAUUUGGACACCAUAGUUAUAGGAGAGCUGGUUUAUCCGCCUUCUUCACUAGUACCCCGAAUUAAUGGCAUCGCAACGGGUGUGACAACAGUCGUCAAAGAUUGCGUCAUAGAUCGUCUGUGCAGACGUCCCAAUGGCAACAACGGCGAGCCAAAACUGUUCGAUACCAAGUAUUUUGAACCUAGGGAACGUAACCUUCGCGGAGUGCGACUGAUGUGGAACAAGGGUGAGCCACUUUCUCUAAGGACUGCAUGGAAUCCUUUCAGCCAGGACGUUCCUUUUAUCACUUUUGCAUCACAUCCUAUUUAUUGGCAUAAAGACUCGGAAGAAAUGAAAGAUUCUCAUCUUUCAUCAGGACAAGAGAGAGAAGGCAGUGUUGCAGAGAGAUCAAUGUAUGAUAUGGAGACCUUUGCUCAAAAGCUCCAAAGGGCCAUAGAGACGAUGCCGUCAUCAGCUUGCUGUAUACAUCACUCCCCCAUUGUCAUACAAAGCUACGUAGGGGUUACUUCGCUGCUCCACAACAAGAUUAGCCUGGGGUUCUUCAAAGUACGAGGGAAAUUUAGUUUUUAA